AUGCCACACGAGUCUAUCAGGUCAACCGAUUCCACCGCCAAGCUGCCCACCCCGCCCACCGGCCACCAGCGCUUCGUCCUGACCGACUCGGUCGCAGCCCGCUAUCUCGAAGACGAUGCACACGCCACCGUCCUCGCCCGCCGCCAACGCAUCGAGGGAUAUGAGAUCUACCUGGUCGAGCAGUGGGCCUGCUCCCGCACCCACCCGACCUUCCUCAUCACCACCUACACGGGCAACCCCGAGGACGUCGUCUAUGCGUCCGUCAUCAGCGUGCCUGCGGACGAGGCGGAAUGGUCGGACCAGAUGCGCCUCUACUUCAAGUCGCUGACCGAGCACCAUGCCCGGAGAAAGGACUCGGCGUACGGUACCCUGAUGAUCACAAACCUCGGCAGCUUCCCCUCAUCGCUGACCGUCAUCCCCAUCCCUGGCGGCGAUCUAAAGAUGUACCGCGACCUGUUCUUCGUAAAUGAAAACCUGAAGAGACUGGGCUGCUCAGGCCGUCUGGGCAUCAAGCUUGCGCCGCCUAGUGGUGCGACCGAAGCAAAGUUCCACCAGCUGUACCGCACCAGUGAGAAGAUCCCUCUUAAUGGCUCCGUCAUCGAGCUCGUGAAGCUGUGCCAGGUUGCGCUGGUCUUGUUCGGAAAGUUGAAACCAGAGUACGUAGACGGACUGCUCUGCGACGUCACCGAAAAGGCAAUCAACGACUGGUGGAUCGAGUUUGGCGCAGAGUACUACACCGUAGAGCCGCACGAUGGCAUUCUCGGCCCUACCACAACCGCCGCACUGUUGGGCAUGUUGAUGGGCGCUCGAAACCGACUCAGCGCGUGCAAUGCGCCAGUCGCCAAAGAUGUCUUCGACGUUGAGCACACCAAACGGGGCAUCGCAUAUUUUCAGAAGACGCAAAGAUUACCGAGGACUCGCCGCCUGGACAGACAGACACUAGACAAACUGCGCAGGGCGACUGCCAAGGCAGCAAGCAAGGAGGGCUGGGCGGUUCCCCGAGCUUUCAAGUCUACCGUGGCAGAACUUGGCGGCAAAGGAGGUGAAAUGGUCAUGGGCAUGGUGGGGGCUGGAGAAAGAGAGGGCAUUGCUGAAGUCGAGACUGUCGACAUUGAUCGGUUCGUUGAGCUCGUAAGAGGAGAUUCGGCAAAGUGGCUAUGGCAUGGCAAGCCUCGAAAGUCCACCUCAGGGGACAUGUUCAGUCGAUUGCCAGGCGAGGAGCGAGACGCUUCGGCAGAUGGGAGGGACCACGGCAAGAACCAGCUCAAAAGGGAAACGACGCUUGAACAGCAAAAACCUACAAAGCGCGAAGACACCACGGACGAUCACAAGAAGUCUGAUCUCUUCACUCCCGAAAGUCUAGGCAUAGAGAAGGAGAGGGACCCGUAUUCCAAGCGUGCGGCUAUCAAGGCGAAACUGGAGUCUGGCAGCGGAUUCCACCGUAUCAAAGAUGCUGUCGGUCUUCGUAGUCAUCAGAGCAAACCUUCGAAAGACGACAACGCGCGUCACGGUCUGCAUCAGAUGAAAAGCGGUCUCAAGUCGCCUCCGUCUGGAGACACGAAUGGUGUGUACACGUCCUUUGACAACGACGAGAAAACAUUGCACCAUCAAUUGAGCAAUCUCUCGUCUCUGGCCUCUCCGCAAGGCGCCGAAAAUGAUGCCGACCCCUCCUUUGCAAAGAUCCUUACCCAAACUCCACGAGGCUCUGGAAGUAGUCUUGCGAUAAACAUCACACAGCCUGAUGUGGAUAACGAUCAAGAAUUAGCAGCGCACAGGCCAUCUGUUGCUGAGUCCGAUGUAUCGACACGACCACCUACAGUGGAUGACUCCAUCGCCGGCUCCAUUUACCAUGGAAUCGACUUGAAUGACAAACUCCCUACCGACCAGGCACACGAGGUCCCUCCACUCCUGCGCCGCACCCUGUCCGUUGACCAAAUCGAUUCGCACAAUUCAUCACCACGCAACGACGACUGGUGGCCACGGCACCUCUCCUUCAGCAUAGCCGAAGAGAGUGUGCUGAAAUGGACAGGUAUUGCUGUUGAUGAAGAAGCGAUCGACGACGCGAUUGAUGAUGCAGACACAUCGAAUAUAGGACUAGUAGCCCGGCUCGCAACGCAAAACCUGCAGUCUGAACAACUAAAGCGUCUGCAUCAUCGCAUAGCUCUCCUCUCCGCCACAGACACGCGAUCCGUAGACUCACGCCUCUCAGAAAUCGAAGACUUGGAAGCGUCGGCCGACGCUGACAUUGAAACGCUCGACUCGAUAUAUUAUCCGCGCCUGGACACGUAUCACGAUCUCCGCGAAGACACGCACGCCAUCAUCUCCAACAACCGCUCGCAGCUCACGGCGAAGUUGAGGGAAUUGGGCAAUGUGGGCGACAAGCUGGAGUACGAGGUCAGUGCGCUGAGAGGCAAGGUGGAGGAUGUUGAGGAUGUCUUGGGCGAGUUUGAAAGGCAGGUUGAGUUUGUCGAGGGGAGGGUUGCGGAGCUGGAGAGGGUGUUUGGGCAGAGGCAGGGGUGGUGGCAUUGGGUUGUUCGCGCGGUGACGGGGAGUGGGAGGCCGUCUGAGUGA